GAAAGAAGAAGGCAAAUGACGAGCCAGGUCAUAGCGACCCAUCGGGAAAACGCCGAGGUCUUCGCAGGGGAUGCCUCUCUGUGCAAGCUCAAGUCCCGCGAGCUCCUCUCCGAGAUCAACCUCCCCAAGGGCCUUCUCCCCCUGGACGACGUCGUCGAGGUCGGCUACAACCGCUCCACCGGCUUCGUCUGGGUCCGGCAGCGCAAGCCCAAGGUCCACCGCUUCCCCGCCAUCUCCCGCAGCGUCUCCUACGACGCCGAGGUCACCGCCUUCGUCGGGGACCGCCGGAUGAAGCGGCUCACGGGAGUCAAGAGCAAGGAGCUCCUGUUCUGGGUCACCAUCUCGGACAUCUACGUAAACCCGAACGACCCGGGCAAGAUCGCCUUCGCCAACACGACCGGGCUCUCGCGGUCGUUCCCGGUGUCGGCCUUCGAGGAGGAGGAGGAGGAGGAGGAGGAGGUGGCGGGCCGGACCGACGGUUGAAGCAGUCGGAGGAAUGGAAUCGAGAAAAGCCGGAGACGAUUGGGGGGUAAUUUUGGAAUUAGGUUCCAGUUGUCCGAUGCGUACCCGACACGCGACGGUCACUGCCAAUUUAUGUCCGAGAGAGAUUGGCAACUAUACGCGAAUCUCUCUCCUUUUUCUUUUUCAAUUUUUUCUUUUUCUUUUUUGAUAUUUUGACUUCUUUCAAAUGUUCUUAGGUUUUAUCAAUU